UCAGCUAAGGAAAGAGAUGUCACUAAGGCAUGUCACAAGGAGAUAGGGCAGCCUGUGAACAAGUUUGCCCUGUAUGUCCCUGUUUCAGUGUGCAAUCCCCGUGGGUGUCCUGGCCAAAGCUGUUACUGUCCGUGGGUUUGGUUUGUGUGUGCCCUGGGGUAAGCAGCAUUAUUCUUGCAGGGACACCAAGAAGUUCUCUUCCAUUGACCCAGAUCAUUGAUCAAGCUUGUCAAGAGGCAGAAGUUUACAAGGAUGCUGGAGUUGAUGGGUUGAUCCUGGAGAACAUGCACGACGUGCCGUACACGGUGCGCCCGGGCCCGGAGGUCACCGCAGCCAUGGCAGUGCUCGCUGCUGCCAUGAGACACAGCUGUCCCCGUGUCCCUCUGGGCGUCCAGGUGCUGUGUGCUGCCAACCAGCAGGCAAUAGCCAUUGCUCUGGCUGCAGGUCUUGAUUUCAUCCGGGCUGAAGGGUUUGUGUUUUCUCACGUGGCUGAUGAAGGGUUUAUAAAUGCCUGUGCAGGUGACCUGCUACGAUACAGAAAACACAUUGGAGCAGACAACAUUCAGAUUUUUGCUGAUAUUAAAAAGAAGCAUAGUGCUCACGCCCUGACGGCCGACGUCGGCGUGGCGCAGACGGCGGGCGCGGUGCAGCUGUUCCUGGCUGACGGCGUGGUGCUGACUGGCACGGCCACCGGGCACCCCGCGGACCCCCGGCAGCUGCGAGAGGUUAAGCAUGCUGUGAAGAUUCCUGUGCUGGUUGGGUCUGGAGUGACUCUGGAGAAUGUGAGGGAUUACUUGGAUGCAGAUGCUCUGAUAAUUGGUUCCUAUUUCAAGAAAGAAGGAUAUUGGGCAAAUGCUGUUGAUCCUGACCGAGUCAAGAAAUUCAUGGAACACAUAAGUAAACUGAGGGAAUGAGUUUGUCAGCAAACACUGUCUGUUUGUGUUUGUUUGUAGAAAUGCAGUGUGGUAUUCCUACAGAAUUGAAGCACAAAUGUGUGGCCGAAUGGCAAAUAAUACCAAAUAAAAAUGCACAUCAUCUCCAUAACUAGCUGGGAAGCUUGGUGACAUACUUCACAAUGACCUGGUGCUCUGAUGUUUGCUUCUAGGCAGCACAUUUCUGUGGUGCUCAAAGCUACCAUCAAUGCAAAGCCAACUCUGAAGUCUUGUGUGAGAUAUUCUCUCCUGUAAGUUAAACACAGAGUGUAAGAAUUUUUAGAAAAUGUUCUCACAGGUGAGCUAAGUUCUGUUUUGCCUUUAAGUACAAUAGGAUGCCCUAAGUUUACAGCUAAAAGUGUUGUAAAUUGGACAAGUUAAUUAGCCUUUCAGUUUCCCCAUCUGUAAAAUGAUGAUAAUAGCACCUACAUCACACAGGGGCCAUAAGACAUAAUGAAGGAAAGAAUGUAAAGCACUUUCAUCUCUCCAAAUUAAGGGCUCUUUUAAAGUUCAAGAUCAUUAUUUUUUCAUUAGAAUUGUGCAUUUAUACAAUUGCUACAUUUUUUGUAAUACCACACAAAAAUUUAAGAUAAUUGGGGUAUUGAUUUACUUACAAUACUUAUUAGAGAACAAAUGUAAAUAUUUAAUUACAUUUUAAGUAGAUUUGGAAUGUAGUCAAAAUGCUUUUGCGAAAACUGGAAAUUUUAAUAAAGGUUUAUUAUUUUUCAGCAAGCACCUGCA